UUGAACAUCAUUGUCAUGUUUAUGUUCGCCGGAAACCACCGGAUAGCCGCAAUCGCCGCAGCCUUGGGCAGGGGGUCAAGAAACCUAUGUAAGCCCUUCCGUCAAUCCCGCAAUUCUCGCACAAUUUUAAAAGGAAUCAUUGAUCAUAGACUAUGGGGUUGAUCAGGAGCAGCUUCUCGUUCAUGGUCGGGACGGUGUUCGGGGUGUACGUUGCACAGAACUACAACGUUCCCAACAUACAGAAGAUUGUCAAUACGGGGCUUGUAAUCGCCAAGCACUACGAGGAGAAUUAUCGGAAGCCCAAGAAGAGAGACGAAGAUAAUUGAUUGAAAGGCCAUGGCGUCAUUCGAAUCCAGGUUUUCCACUGCAGGUCUUUUGUUUUUGCGCGUCUCCUGCCAUUGAAGGGAUUAAGUUUUGUAGGCGAUUGGAUUUAUCAGUGAUUGUUUUGUGGGAAAUAUUGGUGGUAUCAGUCUUAUAUUUGAUGAAAAAAGGUGUUUUAUUUUAUUCUAGAUCCUUAUCGGCUUGUUUGGUUGGCAAGAAACUACUGAAAAGCAAAAGAAGGGGGGAAAAGGGUUUCUGUCCCACAUUGUUCGUUAUUUAACAACGGAGGAAUGCAGUAUUUGCCAUUAUCAGUAGUGUUGUAUUGGUUAGACCAUAUGAAGGUGUUUAAUUUUAAUUCAAUCAACUUAUUACUCAAUUGAGUUGGAUGUUAGCGUUCUAUCAGAAACUGGUUGCUCCUUUGGCAUGCUGUCAAAUGGCAUCAUGACAUGUAGUUUCUGUGUUGGCAUUAUUCAAUAUCAUUAUUUUGUAAUGGAUAUCUGCUUCCCAUUUCACUACUA